AUGAGUAGUGACGGUGAUGAUGUUGAGAUGGUAGAUCCUUUGGAUGGCUAUACAACUGUUGAUUGUGCACCUGCACCAGUUUCAGGUGAAAAGGAACAUAAACUUAGAUCUGAUGUUUGGGAAUAUUUUGAUCUCAUUAAAUAUAAAGAUGGAUCAAAGAAGGGGGACAUAGGGCAAAUGAUUUUAUCUGCAAAGAAUGGCCAGUUGUCUUCCCGCGUACGCAAAAUUGAUCAGAUGAAGUUUCGGGAUCUUAUUUCAGAAUUACUCAUUGCAAGAAAUGUCCCAUUGGCUUUAGUGGAGUGGAAAGAAUUUAGGGACAUAUGUGCUUAUCUAAAUGAGGAUGCUAAACCAAUAUCAAGGAAUACUGGGAAAGCCGAUAUUGUCAAAAAACAUAAUGCACGAAAAGAAGUUAUUCGAAACAUAUUGAAACUUGCUCCAGGUAGGAUGUGUCUAACAUCAUACAUGUGGACCUCUGUUACGACUAUAAGGUAUAUAAGCUUAAAUGUCCACUUUCUUGAUCAAAAUUGGGAAUUAAAGAAGUAUCUACUGAGGUUUUGUGAACUUCCACCACCUCAUACAGCUAUUAUUGUAAAAGAUGGACUUGUGAAGAUUGAUCCAGUUGUGCUUAAGUUAAGAAAGUCAGUGAAGUCGCUUAAAAAGUCCCAAGUAAGAAAACAAAAAUUCUUGGACAUUGUUGAUACUUUAGGAAUGUCUGCAAUAAGAAGGGGUAUUCGUCAAGAUGUUAAGACAAGAUGGAAUUCAACUUAUAUUAUGUUAGACAGUUGUCUUGUGUAUAGAAGUGUUUUCGCUCACUUGAAGGAGGUGGAUUCAGACUAUAAAGACUUCCCAACUGACGAAGAAUGGGAUCAAAUUGAAAUGUUCACAAAGUUUCUCAAGACAUUUUAUGAUCUCACAACUUUGUUUUCUGGUAGUAAGUAUCCUACCUCCAAUCUAUAUUUUGAAGGAGUUUGUCAAGUUCAGGUGUUAUUAAAAAAAGAAAGCACAAAUGAAAUUGAAUUCAUUAGGGACAUGGUGAAAGAGAUGCAACAAAAGUUUAACAAUUAUUGGGAGAACUUAAGUCCUAUAUUGGCUAUAGCACUUGUGUUAGAUCCUAGAUUGAAACUGAAGUAUCUAAACUUUGCUUAUACCAAGUUGUAUCCUGAUGUAAGACAAUUAGAAAGUAAAGUUGUUGAUGUGCGUGAAGAUAUGAAAAAACUUUAUAAUGAGUAUUACACCUUGUCAAGAGCUUCUGGUAGUGGAACUCAGAAUUUUGGUAUUCAAACUGGUGCGAAUUCUGCCCAUCAAGGAAGUGAGUGGAUCCAGGAAUAUGCUGCAGCACAGGAAAGUGGUGGUGAUCUGCAAUCUGAUUGUCAGAGUUGGAUCAAUAUCUUAGCGAGAAAUAUGGAUUUGUUAAUCAACCUCUCGAUAUCCUAA